AUGGACGAAAACGAUUUCUUCAGACAGACAGUUCAGCAUUUAGCGAAAUGCUUAUCUUGUCUGAAUCCAACUCCUUGGGAGAAGGUGAACACUCUGUUUAUGCUAUGCCCUCAAGUCAGUUCACCAUUUAUUGUGACACCUCGCAGUCAAGAAGCGAGUAUUGCACUUGGUCUUUACUUUCUUCAAAGUGGCCUACAACACCAAGAGAAGCUCCUGCCAUAUUUCCUGAAAGUACUUAAAUGUCUGACUAAUGCACAAUUCCAAGAACCUAUGUGUCGGACUAAGGCUGGUGAUCGUAUUCCAAUGUCUGAGAAAUUUAGCUUUUGCCUCAAUACCUUACUCUCAGAUGUCGCGUCUAAGAACUCAUCUCUACGUGAAGAUAUUAUUACAGCUCAAAUAGAGCUUAUGUCAAAUUUAACAAAAAUUAUAAUCACAUGUUUUGAGAGUAAAGAUUAUGCAAACACAGUAUCUAAACUUCAAUUAUGCAAGAGUGCAGUGCCCGUACUUAUUGGAUUAGCAAGGUCCAUGGGCCGUUAUCCCACAGUUGAACCUUCGCUGCUUUGUCGCCUUUUCCCACAACCCAGCAGUCCUAUGCGAUCCAAGGAACCAGAACCGAAUUUUGAAUAUGCUACCCUGGAUAAAAAGCGUCGUUUCAACCAGUUUAGGCCGAUUAUACCGCGAUCUUUGUCUGGGAAUUUAAAUCCCAAUACAGAGAUUGCAAUCGAAAAUGGUUCCGAUACAGUUGACAGUGGUCGAGGCACACUCAAACGCAGUUCUCUACAGAGUUACCAUUCAGUACCAUAUGACCCGACAACAUACUUCUUCCAUAAGUUCGGUUCUAGUUUCAACCAGUUCCCGCAUAUGCGGUUCCCGGAAUCACCGGAAAAGAGGAUAGGGGUUCCCUUCUAUGUUACAUAUUUGCAGUCUAUAUUGUCUCUGGCUAAGAAAUUGCUCACGAGGGAUCUCCUGGCGUUUUUGGAUGAGGAGGCGGAGGAUAUACACGCUUCUGGGCAGAUACAAGUAUUCCCAUACAAGUCUUUCUCGGAGACACUAAAUUUAGUUAUGGUUACACUUCUACGCGAUAUUUUGCAACAUCAGAAGGACUUACCGGGGCCAUUUACCAAGGAUGUUCAGGAAUUCGUAAAAUGUCUCUUCUUAAGCGGGCAAACAGAGCUGCAAAGCCGACAUCAUGAUGCAUCAGAGAAGGAGGACAGAGAAACAAACUUUGCCACUGUUAAUAAAUUCAAAGUCAAUGUGAUGGCUAAUUCAGCGUGUGUGGACCUUUUAGUUUGGGCUAUUGGUGACGAAACAGGUGCAGACUCACUUUGUGGAAGAUUAACGGAGAAAAUAAAUUCCAACCAUAAUCACAAACUGAUACUGGCACAUAUGCCACUGUUGAUGGUUUGCUUAGAGGGUCUAGGUAAACUAGCUACGAAAUUUCCCACAAUAGCUAAUACGUCGAUAUACUGCUUACGAGAUUUUCUCGUGACUCCGUCGCCCAUACUCUUCAAGUUGCACAAGUUGGAGCUUGAGAGGUCAGGAAAGGAUCAUAUGAAGGCGUCACUUCAAAAUAAGGAGGUUCCCGGUGUAAGCGAAACUGGAGCACCAACGAAGUCAACACCGUUCGAGAAACUUCGGGACGCGGCCAUAGAGAAUCUGUGCGUCGCGCUAGACGCUGCGUUAUCUGUGGACCCGUAUUGCGUUCCCGCGCUUGUGGGCUCAGUCAGUAACCGACUGUUUACAGCUGAAACCAGUGAUAGCGAAUCGUCGUUAAUCAGCACAAACAUUGUGAUAAUGUUAGGACACGUCGCUGUAGCAUUGAAAGACACGCCAAAGACAACAGACACAAUAUUACAAUUCUUCCAACAGAGGUUAUGUCGUUCCCCUUCUUCCUUGGACACCCUGAUAGUAGAUCAGCUGGGUUGUAUGGCGCUGGCGAGUCCAGAAGGCCCCGCUCACGAUGAGAUCAUGCGUAUGUUUACCGUUAUUACCGUGGAAGCUGCGAGCGCCUCCUACCAACAUACAGAUGACCGUAAGCAGUAUCGACAUGUAUCGGGAGCGGUGCUGAACGCGCUCGCGAACAUAGCGGCGAACGUACGCGGAACGAACGCGAGGCAUGAGCUGUUAAUACGCCUUUUAGAAUUGUUCGUGCAACUAGGCUUAGGGGGUGAAAGGGCCACGGAUAGGUCUCCAGCGCCAGUCCUGAAAGCGUCGGGCAGUGCUGGGAACUUGGGUGUCCUAAUACCGGUUAUUGCGGUACUAGUCAAAAGGUUACCACCUAUAAAGAAUCCAAAGCCAAGACUACACAAGCUUUUCAAGGACUUUUGGUUAUACUGCGUCGUCAUGGGCUUCACGGCCGCCGAAUCAGGUCUCUGGCCGCAAGAGUGGUACGCCGGAGUAAAAGAGAUAGCAGUAAAGUCACCCUACCUUGUCUCUCAGACUUCAUUGCGAUCAGAGAUGCGGACAUACCAGUAUACUUCCGCUGUGCGAAACGACUCGGUUUCGAUUAAUGAGCUGCAAGAAUUGAAGACGCAGAUUUUGAACCUGCUGGAUCAUCAGCCGGAUGUCACGGUUAUAGUGAACAAGCUAACGUUUGCGCCGUGCAUGUACCUUCUGAGCGUUUAUUGGCUGGAGUCGCUGAGGGUAGCCAAUUCGCCAGAGCCAAGCUUGCAACCGAUUAUUGAGUACUUAAGCGAUACAGCGUUACAGAAAGAUAAGAGUGGUAUGUGGCAAUGUGUUGCUAGUGUUGGCGAUAAAGUGUUUCAAAAGUUCCUCGACGUAAUGUCAGCGAAAGUGAAAGAUGAGUCCCGGGAACGAGAGCUGGAACUGCACGCACAAUUUUUGCUCGUGAAUUUCAACCAUAUCCACAAGCAGAUAAGGCGGGUCGCCGACAAGUGGUUAGCGGGGCUCGUUGACAGGUUCCCGCACUUGUUAUGGAAUUGUCGGGUUCUAUGGUCAAUGCUGGAUAUCUUACAAGUGUUAAGUUUUAGUUUGGAACUGGACCCAAAUCAAGAGACCCCAUUAUUGAAAGUUCCCGAUACAGACUUCACGUUGCAGCUUCAAGAUACUUUAGAAGGGAGAGAGGUAAUUGUGAAAGAUUUCGCUGACCGGUGCGAAGGGAUUGUGAAAGAGGCUAUGAAGUGGGCCCCUCAGUCUACACGUUCGCAUCUACAGGAAUAUUUAAAUCAGGUUCCCAACUCAACGUUAUGGCACCACUGCGGACUCGCCCUAGCAAUAGGCGCUUUAAUGGGCGCCGCUGGACUGAACAGGGUGUCUACGCCUUUACCACGGGCUGCGUUGGACAAACGACCGCCGUGUGUUACUCAAGACUCGGCCGCGUUGCUCGCUGUUGUAUCUCAAAGGAGCCGAUACGUUGGAGAGCAAACGUCGCUCGGUGACUUCACAUAUAUGAAUGCAUUACGAAUGUCUUUUGUUAAAAGUGUACUUACGGUGACAGGUGCGGGGUCAGUGACCGCGGAAGGUGGCGGAGAGGGUGCGUUAUGGCGUGUUGGUAGUAGGCUCCACGCAGCACUAAAAGAGGCCUGCUCCAGCGGUAGUGAAACGGCGCACAGGACGGCUUUGUGGCGCUGCACAGCGCUUCUAGUACACGCAAGGGCGUUCUCUAUGGGCGCAAGUCACGCUUCGUCGACAGCGCGGGCUUUGCUGCAUAGUGUUGCAUGGUCUCAAGUCGACGUGUUCACUGAGGACGCUGUGACGUCGGCUGUGGAGUGCUGGCAAUGGCUGACCACUUCACGGCCUGACUUGGAACUGCGAUUAAUGCAGGAGAUAUUCGCCGCUUGGCAGAGCACUGUAGAUAGGAAAAUGGGACUCUUCUCCAAACAAGCCACUGAAAUUAGUCCACUCGCUGCGUAUGAAGGUGCAAAGUUGGAACCACGGCCUCCGUUUGUAGCUCCUCACGCGGUGUGGGUUCGUUAUCUCUGCGAAGUAGCAGAGACUGCAAAGUACAAUAGCCUUGAAAAGGUGGAAAUGUUGGCUAGUCUUCUGCACAGAACUUUACCUAUCACAGUUGGCGAUGUGAAAGAUCAUAUAAAUCGACAUGUGGAUGCUGUAGGUGUUCGAUUCAAACUUUUAUCCUGUGGUUUGUCUCUCCUCCAAGGCGAUAUACUUCCCCGUUCACUAGCACGCAACAUCUUGCGAGAGCGCGUAUAUAGCGCUUGCCUCGACUACUUUUGUAGAGGUCUACAAUGCCCCUCGAAGACUUCUGGAGCACUAAGAGAAGAUAUCAUAUCCUUAAUAAAGUUCUGGCAACUCAUGCAUUCAGAUAAGAAAUAUCUAAAAAGCAGUGAUAUUGGAGCGGACUUCGAACUUAUGCACGGGCCGAGUAGCCAAAGCAUAUACACGUCGACUUCGCCCACUGACAACCGCUCCUCUGUGAACAGUAGCGAUAUCGGUAAUCGACAGACCAGUGGAUGGAUUAACACUGUACCAAUGUCCACAACGACACUAAGCAGUGGCGCUGGAAGUAUAGCUGGGAAAAGGUCUAAUAGAAGUGUGAAACCGCCAGCCAAGUCUCAAGACCCGUUCGUCAAAGACUAUGUUAAAAAAAGAAACCUUAUUUUGGAGUUAAUGGCAGUGGAAAUCGAGUUCCUUGUGACUUGGCACAACCCGCACAGUCGUCCCGAGCAGGCCAUACCUGGAGAGGACAAUAUCACCACCUGGAGAUCCAAGCCCAACACAGAGAGGACUUGGCGCGAUUACACCAAACUGGCUUGGGACAUUAGUCCCACGCUGGCAGUGUUUUUACCUGAAAGAUUAAAAAACGACAGUAUAGUCGCGGAAAUAAAACGAAAAGUCCAGUCGCACCCUACAUCUGUAUGCCACGUACCGCAGGCACUAAAGUACCUCGUCACCACAGAGACGUUGCUCAAUGACGCCCAUGAGCUAGUACAUAUGGUGACCUGGGCUCGAGUAAGCCCAGUGGAAGCGCUAUCGUACUUCAGUCGCCAGUAUCCCCCACACCCCUUAUCUGCGCAGGCGGCGGUUUCCACUCUCACCUCGUACCCAUCUUCAGCAGUAUUACUUUACAUUCCACAGUUAGUUCAGGCCUUACGGCACGAUACCAUGGGCUACGUAUCUGAACUGAUCAAAUCCUUAGCAAAAAAAUCACAAGUUGUAGCCCACCAGCUUAUAUGGAACAUGCACACGAAUAUGUACACUGAUGAAGAAAUGCACAAUAAAGAUACUGCAUUAUUCGAUAUACUCGAAAGUCUAACGAAGAACAUAGUGGACGGUCUCUCUGGCCCCGCUAAAGCGUUUUACGAGCGAGAGUUUGACUUCUUCGGUCAAAUAACGAACAUUAGUGGUAUUAUUCGUCCUUAUCCUAAGGGAGCGGAAAGGAAGGCCGCUUGCCUAGAAGCGCUUAAGAAUGUUAAGGUGCAACCUGGCUGCUAUCUUCCCUCUAAUCCUGACUCGAUGGUCAUCGAUAUAGACUAUAAAAGCGGAACACCCAUGCAGAGUGCGGCCAAAGCUCCGUACUUAGCUCGCUUCCGCGUUCGAAAGUACGGAAUAUCUGAAAUGGAGACCGUUGCUAUGGCGAUAGUUUCUGGAGAAGAACCUCCUGCUGAAGAAGGUAAAGACAGAUUCACAUCGAUCGCGCACGAGACGUGGCAGGCGGCCAUUUUUAAAGUGGGGGAUGACGUACGUCAAGACAUGCUCGCGCUUCAAGUCAUAUCUCUCUUUAAGAAUAUCUUCCAGCAAGUUGGCUUGGACCUCUAUCUCUUCCCCUACAAAGUCGUCGCUACUGCACCUGGGUGCGGUGUAAUAGAAUGUGUGCCAAAUGCCAGAUCUCGGGACCAGUUGGGAAGACAAACGGACAUUGGCAUGUACGAGUACUUCAUUGCUACUUUCGGGGAUGAAACGACUAGGGAAUUUCAGGCUGCACGGAGAUGUUUCGUGACGUCGAUGGCUGCGUACAGCGUGAUCGGCUUCCUGCUUCAAAUCAAAGAUCGACACAACGGGAACAUCAUGUUGGAUAACGAAGGACAUAUUAUUCAUAUCGAUUUCGGAUUCAUGUUUGAGUCAUCGCCUGGUGGUAAUCUGGGUUUCGAGCCCGAUAUCAAGCUAACUGACGAAAUGGUGAUGGUGAUGGGUGGGAAAAUGGAGGCUCCCCCCUUCCGAUGGUUUUGCGAAUUAUGUGUUGAGGCGUUCCUUGCUGUGAGGCCAUAUCAAGAGGCAAUAAUAUCCAUGGUGUCUCUCAUGCUUGACACUGGGUUGCCAUGCUUCCGUGGACAGACGAUUCGCCAACUAAGAUCUCGUUUCGCUCCGAAUUCCACCGAAAAAGAGGCGGCGGCAUACAUGCUAUCAGUAAUUAGAAAUUCCUUCCUUAACUUUAGGACGAGAACGUACGACAUGAUACAGUACUAUCAGAAUCAAAUACCUUACUAA